AGUUCAAGGUGACCGCAGGCUCGGAGCUCUCCUCCAGUCCCGAAAAAUUCUGCAUUCUUUUUUUGUCACUUGCAGCAAGUGGCUUGCUCCAGAGUCAACUUACAAUUAGCUAACAAUUACAUAUGAAUCUGCCGUCGCUGGUUGUCAUAUUUCAGUUUUUGAAGGACUCGUUUGCAGUUUUCGUUUUUUCCCAUUCGUGCGUAGCAUCUAACUAUAGAUCGAGAGCGAGGCUUCGCAGCCUCUGCUAUUACAUACUUGAAUACUCUUAGCUUCUUUUGAUAGCACCAGAUUUGCUCAGACCGACACCAUGGCGCACCUUCACGUGCAUAAUUUAUUCUUAUGGUCUAUGGCCGUGAUCUACCUCUUUGCUUUUGCAUCGUUAUACCAUCAACUCCCCGGACUGUACGGCGACAAAGGAAUUCUGCCGGUAGCGUCGCGCGAACUCACCAAGAGCCCAAAGCUUGACUGGGAUGAUCUGCUUAAACACUGGAAUGCCAAGCCAACUUUGCUGUGGGUUACGCAGAGUUUGGGGAUCGAUGUGCAGACGAGCAUGGAUGUGUUGGCUCUUCUUGGCAUCGGUCUGGCUUCCUUCGCUAUCAUCACUCGCUUUGCCCGCAAUAUGCUGGUGUUUGGGGCAUUAUGGCUGCUGUACCUGUCCUUUUAUUCGGUUGGGAAUGUUUUCUUGUGGUUCCAAUGGGACGCCUUGCUUAUGGAGGCUGGAUUUCUUGCAUUUGUUUUCGCUCCAAUCCCCCUUUUCAUGCCCCACCGGAUCCAUGCUAAAUUGGCUGGACUCUGCAUGUGGCCAGUGAAGUGGUUGCUCUUCCGCCUUAUGUUUUCCUCUGGCAUUCUCAAGCUGACAGGCGGGUGUCCAACAUGGUGGAAACUUACAGCCUUGUUCCACCAUUACGAAUCGCAGUGCAUUCCCACUUUUCUUUCAUGGUACAUCCAUCAACUGCCCGGAUGGUUUGACCAGCUGACGCUCUUGCAUGCAUUGUUUUGUGAAGUCGUUCUGCCGUUUUUCUUUUUCGCCCCCACAAAAGGAUUGAGAAAGUUCGCUUGGUACAAUCAGAUUAUUUUGCAACUGGGAAUUAUUGCCACGGGAAAUUAUAAUUGGUUUAAUUUGCUGACUAUUGUGCUGAGCCUUUCCCUUCUUGAUGAUGAAGAUCUUGGAUUCAAAACACAUGGAAAAGUGCAGAUUAUUUCGAAACUCAAGAAAGCUGUGGCAUUUCUCUUCAACCUGCUCAUCAUCGGAGGAGUGUUGGCUGGAAUCGGUGUGCUCUACAACAUUAGAUAUGACGAGAAAAACGUGCUCACUUUUAAACCAGGUUUUGGUGAGAAGGAAGUGCAUGCUGUUAUGGAAUACGCGUGGCCGGCAUCCGUAAUGCUGGGCCUGAUCUCCCUCGCUUGGACUUUGAUCUAUUACUUUCGACAGCAUGAUGCGAAUGAAUCCUCAUUCACCAAAAUGUAUCGUGGGAUAUUUUUGGGCUUUUACGUCCUUAUGGCGCUGGGCUUGUUUGGUUUGAGCCUGAUACCGUACAACACGUUGAGCAAAACUACUAGUUUGGGGAAUACCGGAGUGCGAAUUCGUCAGUUGAAUAAAAAUCUGGAGAAGUUCAACCUCGUUAGUGGAUACGGCCUCUUCCGAAGAAUGACGGGUACCGAAGGCCGACCGGAACUGAUUUUGGAAGGCAGCGAUGAUUUGGAGGCGGGAUGGAAACCUUAUGAAUUCUGGUACAAGCCUGGUAAAUUAGAUCGACCUCCACCAUUCCUGAUUCCGCAUCAACCUCGACUGGACUGGCAGAUGUGGUUUGCGGCAUUGAGCGAUCAGAACAGCAGUCCAUGGGUGUACAAUGUCGCUUAUCGUCUGCUACAGGCAGAACCGGAAGUGCUUCGUUUAAUUGAUCCAGCCAGUCCCUUUUUCAAAAAGCCACCCAAGUACAUUCGCGGCCAGUUGUACAAGUACUGGUUUACGAGCAUCCAUGAUAAAGAUGCUAAGACUGGCAAUACUACAUCGGACUGGUGGAAGCGCAAAUUGGACCGAGAAUGGUUGUCGCCUGUUAGUCUUGAAGAUGCGAGAUUUAUGGAAAUAGUGACCCAGCAAGGCGUUACCAAAAUACCGAAGCAGCCAAAGGACAAUUUCAAGGAAUUGCACGUUUGGGUCAAAAUGGUUCGGGACACAACAACGACUCUCUCGGCACCGAUGUUUAUCUGGUCACUAUUUAUGAUCAAUGUCGCUUUCCAUCGAACCCUGAAGGCGCUGCGUUUGUGAAGUGAAGAAGGAAUUACCGUGUUCUCCUGUGACUCACCAUGCCUGUAACAGUGUAACUCACCUGUUAGCUCUCUUGGAUGACCUCGCAUUCCGUCGAAUUCAGCUCCAUUGUUCUGUCUUUCACUUGGUUGAGGGAUCAAAAUGCAACAUGCUACCUCAGGUUAAUGUUUAAAUGUGUACUCCCAUUUGUUCAUCGAGAAAUUCAAGCUCGGCUCGUUUGGGUUUGGUAUGUCUUUUCUCAGACUUUUCAGUGAGGUUGUUUUUGAGUUUGUGAAAGUUUCUGUGUGGGUUUCAGUCCAUUCUGGUGGUUUGCAUGUUAGGUUGGUUUUCGCUUUUAGUUGUUUUUUUUUUAAAAAUCGCCUUCGGUUGCUGUGGGUGUUUGGUUUUCACUGUUCGAAAUUUGCAAAAAAAGGACAGACAGCUCAGA